UUUAAAAUAUCAUAACUUUUUCAUUUUUGACACUUACGUUUCAAUGGCAUGCAACCCUGCAUUGGCAUGAUGUUGCAACACUGAUGUGUACUGUGUGUACCCAUUUGUCAAUUUUUCGCAACGGCACAGCAGCGAUAGCGACGGUGGUUCUUAUACAAUUUUUAAUGUUAAUUCUAGCAAUAAAUCUUGCAAGAAAAUAGUUGGAAAACUGUGAAAAACGUGCAAACGCUGCUUGCUAUAAGCGCAAAAAGUUCCAUGCAGCGAGGGAAACGUUCAGAUCGGCUUUUUUGCGUGUGAGUGAGAAAUUAAAAUGUGGAAUAUGAUGUGCGACGUAAUGCCAACUAUUUCGGAGGAUAGCAUCUCCCAGCGAUCCUCACAAUUUAGCGGCGAAGAUGCCAAUUUCGAGCAGCUAAUGGUGUCCAUGUUGGACGAACGUGACAAAUUAAUGGACAGUUUGCGUGAGGCACAGGAGAGGCUCAGUGAAUCGGAAGUAAAAUUGCAUGAUGUGGAAAAAGAGCGUGACAGCUUACAGCGGCAGAUAAAUGCCAAUUUACCUCAAGAAUUCGCAACUUUAACUAAGGAACUUACACAGGCGCGCGAAACGCUGCUUGAGCGUGAUGAAGAAAUAGGCGAGCUGAAGGCUGAACGGAACAAUACACGGUUACUUCUGGAGCACUUGGAAUGUUUGGUGGCGCGACACGAACGUUCUUUGCGCAUGACGGUCGUGAAACGGCAGGCAGCUGCUCAAAGCGGCGUAUCCAGUGAAGUAGAAGUACUAAAAGCAUUAAAGAGUCUAUUUGAACAUCAUAAAGCGUUGGAUGAAAAAGUGCGUGAACGUCUGCGCUUAUCAAUCGAAAAGAAUAAUUCACUCGAAGAGGAAUUAAACGCAACCAAAGAAGAGCUUCAGCAAUAUAAAACUGGUGCAAUACAAGCCAAUCGUGAUGCUAGCAAUGAGAAUGGUGUGAAUGAGAGGGCCGGUAGCGGUCUGAAUGGCGAUUCGAAUGAAGCAAACGAUUAUGCUGCAAAAACGCAUGAGCUGCAAACAAUAAUCGAAAAACAAACCGCGGAACUAUCGCAAUGGCAACGGCGAGUUUCAGAUUUGAACAACAAAAUUUGCGAAUUGGAGGAGAAUUUAAGUAGAACUCAAAAAGAAUUGUGCAAGUCGCAGGAGCAAUGUUCGAAAUUGCAAAGAGAUUUGCGAGAAAAUGUUGCACAGAAGGAAGAUCAGGAAGAACGUAUCGCUACCCUGGAGAAACGGUACUUGAACGCUCAACGUGAAUCGACGUCAUUGCAUGAUUUGAAUGAGAAGCUGGAGCAAGAAUUGCGCCAUAAAGAAGCACAAAUUAAGUUACAUGAAGAGAAGAUUUGCGCAAUCGAAGAAAAAUUGGAGUUGUCUGAACAAAAGUUAGCUCAGCAGGCAAAAUUACAGCCUGACAUGGAAGAGCAACUUAAAGCUCGCAUGGAAGCUUUGACAAAGGUAGGAAAUAAGGCACAGGAACGCCAUGGUUCAGCAGAAGAUCGCAUACAGCGUCUAGAGGCCAAUUUGGACGAGAAGAACGCAGAGGUUUUAAGACUGAACCAAAGAUUAAAAAUGAACGAAGAGCACAAUUUAAGGUUGUCGUCCACUGUGGACAAACUGCUUUCCGAAUCGAACGAGCGGUUGCAAGUACAUUUGAAAGAGCGUAUGCAUGCACUAGACGAGAAGAAUACACUUUCACAAGAGUUGGAGAAGGCGCGUAAAAUGGCUGAGGAAUUACACCAUCAGAAGGGUGAAAUUAUGAAGGAAUUAUCGAAGACACGCCUGGAAAUUGAGAAUUUCAAGCGCCAGCUUUUGCAGCAAGAGAUUGCCUAUAAUAUACAGCAAACGGAAGCAUUAACACGCAGUCUAUCGCCAAGCAGCGUGGUCGACGGCGGUGCCUUCUCGCGCAGCACCUCGCAUGCCAGUUUCGAUACGCAUUCGUUGCGGCGUAGCAAAUCGCGCAUGCAAGAAGAGGCGAACAUAGCACGUUCUAUGGCCGAGCAGGAAUGGGAAAAUCUGCAACAGGCACACGCCCAACAAGCGUACGAAAUGUCUGCCGCGGUAGCGGCUGCAGCAGCUGUCGAAUGCGAAGAUAGCGAGGCUGCGGCGGCUGCUGCUAUGUUUGCCGCCUCCGAUAUAAUGUCCCCAUCUGGGCAUGCGGACGCUCAAACACUCGCCAUGAUGUUGCAAGAGCAAUUGGAUGCCAUUAAUAAUGAGAUUCGUUUGAUACAAGAGGAGAAACAAUCAACAGAGGCGCGCGCGGAAGAGUUGGAAUCACGUGUGGGUAGUUUGGAACAUGUAAAUUUGUUGGCGCGCGGCCGAUCAAUGGAUCGUCAAAGUCCACCUAUGAGUGGGCGUAGCACACCGAAUAGCCCAAAUAGAGAUUUCUUACAGAAGUAUCAUACGUUAAAUCUGCCUGUUUUGUCGAGCGAUAUGUCGCGCGAUGAUAUUCAUGGCAUGUCUGCUGCUGGCGAUUCGAGUUCAGGCGGUGCCGCAUCGCCACUCACCGCUAGAUCGAUGCGACUUGAGCGUGUUGCGCAGGCGUUGGCACACAGCCAAGAGGAAUUACGACGACGUUCGGUGGGCAUAUCACCAAAUCACGGUGUCGAUCACUCAAGUCAUGUGGCCUUGCCACAACUUAGUAACUACGGCCUUUCGCCGUUAAGUUCGCGUUAUGGCAGUCAGGAAUCGCUGAGUCGUCACUACAAUACAAUGGGCUCAAUGACAAUGCUGCAAACACCUACCACCAGUGUGGGACGUGACGUCGCUUCAGCGGUGCAAAAGAAAAAGGGUAUCAAAUCGAGUUUAGGCCGAUUUUUCAGCAAGAAAGAUAAAGUGAAAGGUGUUAAAGAUACGCUGCCUGAUGGUUCGACCAGCAUGAUGUCCAUUGGCAAUUUGUCGAUUGGUCUAAGUGAAGGUGAAUCGAAUUAUGAUGUAAUGAGCGUAACUGGUGGUAUGGUGCCGCGCAUGAGUAGCAUGCCAGGAUCGAAAAUUUCCUCAGUGGAUUAUGGAAGGCAGAAAAAGGAUCACGACUAUAGAAAUGAUUUACUUGGUGAAGCGAUGAAAGCCGGCACACCGUUUGCUUUAUGGAAUGGUCCCACCAUUGUUGCCUGGCUGGAGCUGUGGGUUGGCAUGCCAGCAUGGUAUGUUGCAGCUUGUAGAGCAAAUGUUAAAUCGGGUGCCAUUAUGAGUGCAUUGAGUGACACGGAAAUACAGCGGGAAAUAGGCAUUAGCAAUCCACUGCAUAGACUUAAACUUCGCCUUGCCAUACAAGAAAUGGUUUCAUUAACUUCGCCAUCAGCGCCUCAAACGUCACGUACAACAUUGGCUUUUGGUGACAUGAAUCACGAAUGGAUCGGCAAUUAUUGGUUGCCUGGUCUGGGCCUCCCGCAAUAUCGUACCACGUUCAUGGAAUGUUUGGUAGAUGCGCGCAUGUUAGAUCAUCUAACGAAAAAAGAUUUGCGCGGUCAACUUAAAAUGGUGGAUAGUUUCCAUCGUACUAGUCUGCAAUAUGGAAUUUCGUGUUUGAAGAGGCUCAACUAUGAUCGCAGUGAGUUAGAGCAUAGACGUAAAAUGUCGGAAAACGGGCUCUGCGAUGUGCUAGUGUGGAGCAACGAUCGCGUUAUACGCUGGGUAUGCAGCAUUGGAUUAAAGGAAUAUGCAAAUAAUUUACUUGAGUCAGGCGUACAUGGCGCCCUUGUUGCAUUAGAUGAGGGUUUUGAUUCUAAUGCGAUGGCAUUGGCCUUACAAAUACCAACGCAAAACGCACAAGCACGUCACAAUUUAGAUCAAGAGUUCAAUAAUUUGCUGCAAAUCGCCACAGAUCGAAGGCUCGAAAAUGAACAGCAUAGUAAUUCUUGAUCCGCCUACGGUAUCACGGCCGACAUGGCUGAGGAAUAAAAUAGUAAAUUCAACACAGUAUAAGCAGCAGCGACUGCAAUGCCGCUCACUAGUAAGCCACAUGCAAUGCAACAAACAGUCACUAAUCGCCCUACAUAAACACUUGAUGAAUGAGCGCGUGUGCUAGCAAACAUACAUGCACACACAGAUGCGUACAUACUUAGAUGAGCGCUGCCGCAUGGCGCUUGCUAAACGUAAAUGUGUAAACAAAAGAACAAUAUCCAGUAUAGUAAAUUACCGAAUUUCAUACAUCUACAUAUACAAAUCAGUUGAUAAAGUCUCAUGUGUUGCAAUGAUAUGCCGUGAUCCAGUUGUGUGUACGCUAAAUGUUUUUUGGUAAUCAUAUUUCCUUUUUUAUUAAGCGUCUCAAAUCUAAACAGAAAAACAGAACAUUCAUACAUAUACUUACAAAUAAGUAUUCUAACGAAAUUCAUAUACAAACAUAUAACCAUAUUAAGAGGCACAAUGUAAAGAAAGCGAAAACGGUAAAGAAAAGUAAGUGGAAAUCUUGUGGUCAAUGCUAAAGUAAAAAGCCGAGUGCAGUCCGGGCCCAAUAACAGGUAUAUGCGGACAAGACAUAACUAUAAAUUACUUAAAUACAAACACACAUACACUAACACAUAUGAUACAUGAUUGCUUGAAAUGUUUUGCCACUUUGCAAGCAAAAAAGAUCAAGUUCAAUGCAUGCAUAAUAACGAGCUCAAAAUCAUUUUUUACUUAUAUACAUUUUAUUAUGUUCAAUUUGCAUUGAAGAGUUCAAAAACAAUAUUAAGUAUAACAGCGUUAACAUUUUUUACAACGGUUAUUUAAUUCCUAUUCCAAUUUUUACUGCCUGAAUAAUAAUUAAAACCUUUUUUUUUCAUAUUUUCUAAGUUUAAAAAGUAAAACACUAAUGGCCUUAUUCAUAAAAUGUAAAGUAUUAAUGAAAUGCUUUAUAAUAUAACAUAUCCAUAAAACUGUUUAUUUAUAAAGCAUUUUAAAAGAAUACAAUUUUUUAUUUAUUUGGCCGUUGCAGUGUUGAAAAGUGUAUACAUAUGUCAAAAAUGUAUGUAUUUGUUAAAACCACUCCAACUUCAGCUUAAACUUUUCUCUCAACUAGCAUGCGCUAUUUUCUGCCUUGUAGACUCACUUUAUUGCAGCGACGGCUAGAGAGAGCUUUUAAGCUGCGCGCGCUCAUAUGAAAUCUAUAGGAAGCUUGGGCAUGAGCGUUGAUGGGCACCGUGUUUCCAGCGUUACAAGCUUUCUAUAUAUAUAUUUUAUAUAGACUUCUACAGACUAAAAGCGCGCUCUGCCAAAUACAGAUCAUGAGUAUUGAUAGCGUUAUUGUUUUGCUCUCCUUUUCUCUCUUUCUCUAAACACUUGCAUGCUUGCUCAAGAAAAUUCUUUUUUAAGUUAGUUAAAUGGCCUUUUUCCCACAUACAUUCAAUUUCAUAUAAUCAUUCGUUCCAAUAAAAAAAAAAAA